GACGAUGAAAUUUAUAAAACAGUCUUUCCAAAAGUAAAGGAUACGUUUAAUCACACGUUGGUUGCAUAUUGCUCAGAAAUGUGAUUUGAUUUGAAAGCAGUUCGUUCUUAAAUUAAAACAAAAAUGGCUCGGUGUUCGUUAUUGAUUGUGUGUCUGUUCGUGGUUUCAUUGCAGAUUUGUGCAAGUGGAACACAAUUGGGAAAAUAUAAUGAUGAUUUAUUUGAAAUUUCUAAUCCAGAUAAAUAUGAAUUAUUGGACGAUUUAAAGGAUGAAACAAUUUUUCAGGCAAAUGAUAAAUUAUGCAGUAGCAACUCUGACUGUAUGUAUGGAGGCAACUGUACCUCGAAUGGCACCUGCUCUUGUCCAGAAGGCACAAAUGGAACUCUCUGCGAAAAUGUUAUCCAGUGCAUGAAAUAUCCUGAAAUGUGUGGCAAUGGUACGGAUGUAGCGUGUGUUUUUGAUGUCAAAUCUGAAUACGCUUACUGCAAAUGUAAUGAUAAGAAAAAAUGGUACAAUGACUUUGCAGAACGAUGCCAAGAACCUUGCCGAAAACAAGUAAACAAGGAGAUAGUCGAAUUAAGUUGUGGAUUAUAUGGAAGAUGCACAAACAGUUUUUGCUGGUGCAUCAAAGGAGUCAGUGGAGAUUUUUGCCAAAAAAUUGAUCAGUGCGAAGAGGUAGAUUGCGGAGAUGACCCAUCGACCACUUGCAUUCUUGGUAUUGAUGGAGCUUAUUGCAAGUGCAACAAGACUUACCAAGUUUUUGACAAAGAAGAAAAAGUCUGCAAAGGUAAACCCUGCCGUAACAACACCGAUUGUAUGAAUGGAGGGCAGUGUACCAACGAUGGUACUUGUUCGUGUCCAAGAGGCACAGAUGGGCCGCUCUGCCAAGAUGUUCUCGGUUGCAUCAAAAACCCUAAUAUGUGUGGCAAUGGUACCGAUGUCCAGUGUGUUUACGAUAUGUUUGAUUUGGCUUCAUGCAAAUGUGAUGAUAGUAAAAAACAUUUCAAUAAGUUGAUUGGAAAAUGCGCAGAACCUUGCGAUAAGUAUAUCAAUCACCAAUUAAUAAGAGAAGACUGCGGAGAAUAUGGACGUUGCUCAAAUAGUUUUUGCUGGUGUGUCAAAGGAGUCAGCGGAGACCGGUGCGAAACCAUUGACCAGUGCGCCAGUGGAGAGGUAGACUGCAGCAACGAUCCCAUGGCCACUUGCUCGCUAGGAAUCGACGGCGCUUAUUGCAAGUGCAACAAGACAUACCAAAUUUUUGACAAGAAGGAAAAAAUCUGUACAGGAGAACCUUGUUCAAACGAUACCGAUUGUUUUUACGGAGGAAAUUGCACGGAAGAUGGAACGUGCUUCUGCAGAAAAGGCGUUGGUGGCCCCCUCUGUCAACAGGUGUACGAGUGCGAGAAGAAUCUGGACAUGUGUGGCGACGGCACCGAUGUGAAAUGCGUUUUCGAUGUCAGUUUGGAAAAAGCAGUGUGUGAGUGCAAUAACGACGAAGAAAAAGGUUUCGAUGUGAUCGAGAAAAAGUGUAAAAAGUUCUGCUACUCCGAUGACGACUGUGGCAUGUAUGGAAGGUGUGACCGAAACUCUUUCUGUAGGUGUUUGGAAGGAGUGAGCGGCGACAAUUGCGAGAUUAUAGAGAAAUGUAAGAGAAUGCAUUGUGGUCCCAGGAUCAAUUGCACCCUAGGAAGCAAUGGGGAAGCUCAUUGCAAAUGUCCAGACCCACAUAUGGGAUUCUACUACGAAGAAAAAACUUGUAAAGCUUGUAAUUGUGGAGACAAUUCUAAAGGUUGCGAAUUUGUUGACGGCAAGAAAAAAUGUGAAUGCUCUCUCAAUUACUUACUCAACGGAGAUAAAUGCGAAGCUUGCAACUGUGGAGAACUUUCCAAAGGUUGUGAAUUACGAGAUGGCAAAAAAGAAUGUUUCUGCCCCUUGAAUUACACCUCUACCGGAGGUACUUGUCAAAAAUGCAACUGUGGAAUCGCUUCGUAUCAUUGCAAAAUGGAAGAUGGAAAAACAAAGUGUAUCUGUUACGAUCCGUACAAACAACGCAAAGACAAGUGCGAAUUCUGUGAUUGUGGAGUCCAUGGCGGAAAUUGUUCAUUCACCGAAUCUGGUGAAAAACAAUGCAUUUGUAAGCCAGGGCUCAAAAUGGCGAAAGAAACAGGUUUCUGUACAGAGAUGUGUAAUGCCACCAAAAAAUGCCAAAAUGAAGGGGUAUGCCAGGAAGGGUUGUGCAAGUGCCAUGAAGACUACACUGGUGCCUUAUGCGAGACACCCAAGUGGUGUAUGAACAGUCGAUGCGGAAACGGCCGGGACGAGGUGGAAUGCAUUUGGGAUAGAGUAAAAAAAGAAGGCCGAUGCGAGUGCAAGAAACCCUAUCACUUAUACAUUGAAGAUUUAAGAGAAUGUACAGAAUGUGACUGUGGUCCAUACGGCCGUUGCAUACUGACGGAACGUGGCGAGAAGGUAUGCCUAUGUAAAGAAGGAUAUGCUGACUACUUACUUAAAUGCAAACGUUGCGAUUGUGGUCCUUCGAGUAUCAACUGCACCUUUCAAAAGUUGGAAAGGAAACUUUGCCAAUGCAGAGAAAAUUAUAAACAGAAGACCAUAAAAUAUCGCUGGAGCGAUGAUGAUUAUUCUCAAUGUUAUCCUUGCGAUUGUGGCAAAAAUGGGACAUGUCGCUAUUCCGGAGACGACAAAGUCUGCGAUUGUGAAGACAACCACAAAGUAUUUAAAGGUACUUGUAAAGAAUGCAUUUGCGGUCCCUAUGGAUUCUGCAGUUUCGACAGUUCUGGAAAUAAAGUCUGUACUUGCGAUUUUGGCUAUGCUGAAUUUGAAGGAAGGUGCUCAAGGUGUGACUGCGAACCUCCUGACAUGAGAGGAAUCGGCUCUGUGUGUCUCUUUGAGGAAUCCAAAAAAGUGUGCCAUUGUCCAGUAGGUUACAAAAGUCCCAAAAAUGACUUCUGCGAAGAUAUCAACGAAUGUUUAAACUCGUCGUCUUGUCCAGCCAAUACCGAGUGCUUUAAUCUUCCAGGAUCUUACAGGUGCGAAUGUAAGAAAGGAUUCAAAGUGUCCAACCCUACUCUAGAUCCAAAGCAAUUCGGAUGCGAAGAUAUAAACGAAUGCAGCGACAACCCCUGCACCGGUUCCAACACAGUUUGCAUAAACACUCUGGGUAGCUAUGAUUGUCAGUGUAAAAACGGAUACUACCCUACGUCGGCUAUAUCAGGCCCCUAUUACAAUCCAAAGUAUGCUACUUGCAACAAAGAAGAAACUCAGUGGCGUGGUGCUUCUAUAGCAUUGGGCGUCAUCCUAUCGAUAGGAAUUAUAGGACUUGGAAGUUACAUAUUUUACCAAAGAAAAAUGUACAGGAGAUAAUUACAGGGAACGAAUCAAACGAAAUCGCAAUCGUUCAUAUGAUUACAGUACGAAGUUAUCGAAAUUACUCAGGAAAAUGAAUCUUCAUCAACAAAGAACAUUAUUUGUUUCCUGAGGUGAUACGCUUAGCUUCAGGAUCUUCAUUUUGUAUACAAAACUGAAAUAUUUAUGGAUGUCUUUGUUAUAAUACAUAUUUUAAAUCAUU